CAACUGCAGAAGAAGAAGAAGAAUCGGGGAAAAAACGUCGGACAUAAACAGAAAGAGGGAUGCUCACUUCUUAGUGCACUUAUUGAUAUUCUGCUGACCAGAAUGAUUUAUCAGUGCCUUUACCCGUUCAUAGCCCAUGCCUGAUAUUUAUAGAGCGAGUCUCAGACAGGUGUGUGCUAUGGAUGUCCCGUUCAAAAUCCCCAAAAAGAAGCAGCCGUCAGAUUCAUGCAGUCUUGACAUGCAGUCUCCACUGUCUCGACUGCAGGACAGCAACACACACAAGAUGCAAUGGGGUUCAACCACUCUUAAUGGAAGAACGCUUCAUAAAUCCAGUUCUAAUGGAAAUAUGCUGUCAAAAGACGGACAGAGGAGUGAAUCGGUGAGACCCAUCAGGCCAUCCCUCAGCGGUGAGAGACCGGAUCUUUCACCUGACGCACGGACGCCAGGCCGCGUCACGCGCACCUGCUCCGAUAACCUUCCCAAAGGAGCCACACGUGGACUGUUUACUUUUAAAAUGAACAAACAGCCAAUAAAAAUCAGCCCUCUUCGAGUUAACGGGACGCCUAAUAAGGUGUCCGAGACGACCGGUUUCAGACCCCGAUGUCAAACCCCCACCGCAGGGAGAGACUUCCCAGGAAAUAGCAGUUGGAGACCCAAACGAGCAUCGGAUACUCUUCUCUGCCAUGAUGAGAACCAUUCGGGGGCGUCUGAAAGCUCGUUCAAGAUUCGUAGAGGCCUGGAUCCGGGGCAACUGGAGGCGUGUGGGCUUUUCCAUGAGGAUGAAGAAACGGAAGAGACACAAGGCAGUUCUCCGGCGAAGGAGACGUCGCGGUCGUCUACUCCAGAGGACCUGGAUCACGUCUCGCAGACUGACCGCAAAUUAAAGCCCACGGGUUCUGUUUGUGGCCUCUCUGAGAAUGCAGCAAGCAAAAACAAGAAUGGAAAUGUGUCGAAUGAAGAAUCUGUUUCCAAACCGUCCAAUCACGGAUCCAGCCUCCAUUCAGGCCACAACGUUCAGGAAGCUCGAACUAGGCAUCUCAGGUCCUCUGGAGAAAGAGCUACCACCUCUGUGCCUGUUAAAAAAGACCUGCUGAUUUCCCCACCAGAGGCCAAGAGUAAAGACCCCUUUGGGUCUGUUUACAGCAACAGAUUGAGGAGGAAGCCCCACGGGUUCUGCGCGACCUACAAGAGAACCAAGCCCAGGUCCACAGAGCCAAUCGUGCUGUCCAGCGAUGAUGAAGGAGCCGAUGAGAUGAAUGACGUCUCUGGAAGUUUGCAAGAGCAGCGGAUCUCUGAGGGGAUCAGGGACGCUCAGUCAGGGAACCAAAAGAGCCCAAAGGCAAUCGCAGGAGGUGAAAGAUCAACGACCAAAGUAGAAGUGCCUUCCAUCAUGGAGCUGGACUUCACCAGACUUCAUUACGACACAGUCGAGGCACGGGCUAACGGGACCGUUGUGAUCACAGAUGAAGGAAUCUCUGUACCACUGAAAGGUGUGGAUGGGGAGGGUGAGGUAGCCGUUAGCGUGUCAUGCUCUCAGCUGUGCUUAUACGGCGUGUGGGAUGGCGGCCUGUCCCGUGACGGCAGUUUGUUACCGAGCACGGAAGAGCCCGCCCCUUCUCUCCUCUUCCUCGUGGUGUCGGACGCUCAAUCCAGGCUUCUUCAGAAAGAGCUGUCCGUGCUGCACACAGUACACACUUCAGGACAGGCCUGUCCUUUUGUCCUGCUGGUGUUGACUGGUCAGUUGGAGGACCUUCAGACGGCCCUGUUGGCGUCUCUCAUGGACGUGAUUGGCCUGAAAUACGGCCAGGGCACUUUGAGUAACGCUCUGUCCUGGGCGGAUGGGCUGAAUCAGCUUCAUUAUCACCCACGGGGCGAACACCUCCUCUCACUGCUGGGACAGAACGUGAAGGACGCUGGACAGGACACCGCAAAGGAGAACGUGAGUGGGACCAGCGGCUUGCCGACGGUCAGGAGACCCCUCCGGAGCAACAGCCGGCAACAGAGCUUAGCCCGCAGGCUGAUCCAGUACCCCCCUCCCCCCUCCAAGGGCGGCAUUACAGUGACAACCGAGGACCUGGAGUGCCUCAAGGAUGGCGAGUUUCUCAACGACGUCAUCAUCGACUUCUACCUCAAGUACCUUCUGUUGGAAAGAGCCGACAAGGAUGUGGCCGAAAGAUCUCACAUCUUCAGCAGCUUCUUCUACAAACAACUUACUCGAAAAGACACCAGCUGCCCGGAAGAGACCGGCAGCACAGCCCCACACAGACGACAUCAGAGAGUGAGAACAUGGACCCGUCACGUGGACAUCUUUAGCAAAGACUACCUUUUUAUACCCGUUAAUCAGGAGGCUCACUGGUACCUCGUGGUGAUCUGCUUUCCCGGUCUGGAACGGACUCAGUACGUACAGUGGAGAGACAAAGGCCCUGUGUCCCGGGACGGGAGCCAGACAGCCAAAGGGAGCUCAGCAGGGGAAUGUCAAAGAGACAAUUCACAGCUGCCAAAAGGAAAGGGAUUGAAACUCAGUGACUCGAGAUCACAUGACCUACCGGACUGCACAGCUCACAGUUGCACAAGAGAGACCGUCUGCAGGAGGCCCUGUAUUCUGGUCAUGGACUCUCUAAAGCUUUCUUACCACCAGCGGAUCUACACACUAUUACGAGAGUACCUGCAGGUGGAGUGGGAGGUUCGGAAAGGAUGCGCUCGAACUUUUACCAGUGAGAGCUUAAGUGGGAGUCUCUGUAGGGUUCCGCUCCAGGACAACAGCAGCGACUGUGGCCUGUACCUGCUGCAGUACGUGGAGAGCUUCCUACAGAAUCCAGUGGUUCACUUCGAUCUCCCUCUGCGAUUGGAGCAUUGGUUUCCACGGAAUCAGGUGCGCAUGAAAAGGAAGGAGCUGCGGGAGCUGGUGCUGCAGCUGUACCGGAGACAAGGGGGCGGGGCUGAGCAGAGCCUCAAAUAACAACAGCGGGAACAUGUCCUCUCAGUAUACAAACAACAGUUAGGGCCUGUCAUUUUGUUUGUUUGCUUUUUUUUGUUUGUUUUUUACUGAUUAAAAGAUAAAGGAUAUAUUUAUAAUUUAACUUUGUAUUUAUUUGUAUUAAAAUGGCUUUUUAAACGUGAUGCAAUUCCAUCCGUUUUAUUGAUUUCUGCACAAAUAUUUAGUUUACUUGAAUAAAAAAAGUUGAAUAUUUUAAA